AUUUUGUUGCUCGCCUAGAUAGCUUGCGAAGGCGUGAUGGUUCGUGAAAAAAAUGCCAUGCCCACCAACCCCAAAACCUCCUCCUCUGCUCUGCUGUCUGCUCUACUCUAGUCCACACUCCCAAACCCACACCUCCUCCUCCAAAUAGUCAAAUACUACUCCAGCACCAACACCAGGCGAGGCGAGCGGCUUCCCUUGGAGCAGACGGGGGGAUCUGCUCUGCUCUCCUCCUCCCCUUCCGCUCCUGAAGUGAGCCUCCAGCCAUGGCGGAUCUGCAGACGCCGCUGGUGCGACCGAAGAGGAAGAAGGUUCUGGUGGACUACUUGGUGCAGUUCCGAUGGAUCCUCGUCAUCUUCGUGGUGCUUCCGGCCUCGGCGCUCAUCUACUUCAACAUCUACCUGGGCGACAUGUGGUCCGCCAUGAAGUCGGAGAAGAAGCGGCAGAAGGAGCACGAGGACAACGUGCAGAAGGUCGUGAAGCGGCUCAAGCAGCGCAACCCCAAGAAGGACGGCCUCGUCUGCACGGCCAGGAAGCCCUGGAUCGCCGUCGGCAUGCGCAACGUCGACUACAAGCGUGCCAGGCACUUCGAGGUCGACCUCUCUGCCUUCAGGAACAUCCUUGAGAUCGACCCCGAGAGGAUGGUUGCCAAGGUGGAGCCGCUCGUUAACAUGGGCCAGAUAUCUAGGGCCACCUGCCCGAUGAACCUCUCCCUCGCCGUGGUGGCUGAGCUCGACGACCUCACCGUCGGCGGCCUCAUCAACGGGUACGGCAUCGAGGGGAGCUCUCACAUCUACGGGCUCUUCUCCGACACGGUGGUGGCGCUGGAGAUCGUCCUGGCUGACGGCCGGGUCGUCCGGGCCACCAAGGACAACGAGUACUCCGACCUCUUCUACGGCGUGCCCUGGUCGCAGGGCACUCUCGGGUUCCUUGUUUCAGCCGAGAUCAAGCUCAUCCCCAUCAAGGAGUACAUGAGGCUGACCUACACCCCGGUGAAGGGCCCCCUGAAGGAGGUGGCGCAGGCAUACGCCGACGCCGUCGCGCCGAGGGACGGCGACCCCGCAAAGGUCCCCGACUUCGUGGAAGGGAUGGUGUACAGCGCGACGGAAGGCGUGAUGAUGACCGGCGUGUACGCGUCCAAGGAGGAGGCCAAGAAGAAGGGCAACAAGAUCAACAGCGUGGGGUGGUGGUUCAAGCCGUGGUUCUACCAGCACGCGCAGACGGCGCUCAAGAAGGGCGAGUUCGUGGAGUACAUCCCGACGAGGGAGUACUACCACAGGCACACCCGGUGCCUCUACUGGGAGGGGAAGCUCAUCCUGCCCUUCGGCGACCAGUUCUGGUUCAGGUUCCUCCUGGGCUGGCUGAUGCCGCCCAAGGUGUCCCUGCUCAAGGCCACCCAGGGCGACGCCAUCAGGAACUACUACCAUGACAACCAUGUCAUCCAGGACAUGCUGGUGCCCCUGUACAAGGUUGGAGACGCCCUCGAGUUCGUCCACCACGAGAUGGAGGUGUACCCGCUGUGGCUGUGCCCGCACCGGCUGUUCAAGCUGCCGGUGAAGACGAUGAUCUACCCGGAGCCUGGGUUCGAGCAUCACCAACGGCAGGGGGACACGAGCUACGCGCAGAUGUUCACGGACGUGGGGGUGUACUACACGCCGGCGUGCAUCUUCAGGGGGGAGGAGUUCGACGGGGCGGAGGCGGUGAAGCGGCUGGAGCAGUGGCUGAUCGAGAACCACAGCUACCAGCCGCAGUACGCGGUGACGGAGCUGAACGAGAAGGACUUCUGGCGCAUGUUCGACGCGUCGCACUACGAGCACUGCCGGCAGAAAUACGGUGCCGUGGGCACCUUCAUGAGCGUCUACUACAAGUCCAAGAAGGGGCGCAAGUCGGAGAAGGAGGUGCAGGAGGCCGAGGCCGCCAUCCUCGAGCCCGCCUACGCCGACGAGGCCUAGGGUCGUCGUGUUCGUCGUCGUCGGCCGGCCGUGUCUCGCCGGUUUCGGUUCCUUCAGUCGUCGGAACUCUGGAUUAAUUGGUUCCCUUUUGCUUGGUUGCUUAAUUAUUAAUAAGUAGAACUUGAUCGAGCGUGUAGCGUUGAUUGGUAGCAGCAUGAGUCAUUGUUGUCGCCCGUGAGUACUUGAUUCAACCGCCCCUUUAUGUUGAUGGGAUUAAAUGCUUAGAACUUAAAUCAGGCAGAUGCGUAUGUGGGAAUAAUAUUGCGAUUUGUGUUGAAA